AUUCAGAAGUUCUUCCUGAUAUCCCUACAUCAUACGCUGCCUUGCUGAGAAUUAAGAAGAGUUCAUCUUCACCUGUUUUGGGUUCAAAAACCAGACCACGGUUCAGCAGCCCUUCACUAGGAACGCUGAGCGUUUCUGCCCCCAGCUGGCGAGGAGUCCCGCAACAUUACUAUUCCCCCAUCAACCUGUAUCACUCCUCAGAUGCCUUGAAACAAGAUGAAAGCGUGGACUAUGGGCCAGUGUUUGUGCAAGAACCGGAUGAUAUCAUUUUUCCAACUGAUUCUGAUGAAAAGAAGGUAGCACUGAAUUGUGAAGUACGCGGCAACCCGAUUCCCAGUUACAGAUGGCUUCGAAAUGGAACAGAAAUAGACUUGGAAAGUGAUUAUCGCUACAGUUUGAUCGACGGCACCUUCAUUAUAAGCAACCCCAGUGAAGCAAAGGAUUCUGGUCAUUAUCAGUGUUUGGCAACUAACAGCUUUGGAAGUGUUCUUAGCAGAGAAGCCACACUGCAGUUUGCCUAUCUGGGAAAUUUUAGUGGCCGGACCAGAAGUGCAGUCUCUGUGAGGGAAGGCCAGGGGGUUGUUCUGAUGUGCUCUCCUCCGCCUCAUUCGCCAGAGAUCAUCUAUAGCUGGGUAUUUAAUGAGUUCCCUUCCUUUGUGGCGGAAGACAGCCGGCGGUUCAUUUCCCAGGAGACAGGCAACCUUUAUAUUUCUAAAGUCCAAACAUCAGAUGUUGGCAGCUAUAUUUGUCUGGUUAAAAACACAGUCACAAACGCUCGAGUGCUGAGUCCUCCAACACCACUCACUCUGCGAAACGAUGGUGUGAUGGGAGAAUAUGAGCCGAAAAUUGAGGUCCAUUUUCCUUUCACGGUUACAGCUGCUAAGGGAACAACAGUUAAGAUGGAGUGCUUUGCACUUGGCAACCCUGUUCCAACUAUCACGUGGAUGAAGGUUAAUGGUUAUAUUCCCAGUAAAGCUCGUCUGCGGAAAUCUCAGGCAGUGCUGGAAAUACCAAACGUCCAGCUGGAUGAUGCCGGCUUCUAUGAGUGCAGAGCUGAAAACUCGCGUGGAAAAAAUUCCUUUCGUGGACAAUUACAAGUCUACACUUAUCCACACUGGCUAGAAAAACUGAAUGAUACUCAGUUAGACAGCGGGAGCCCUCUCCGGUGGGAGUGUAAAGCUACGGGAAAACCCAGACCCACUUACCGUUGGCUAAAGAACGGAGCACCCUACUCGCCUCAGAGCAGGGUUGAGAUGGUUAAUGGAGUAUUGAUGAUCCACAGUGUAAAUCAAUCAGAUGCUGGAAUGUAUCAGUGUUUGGCUGAAAAUAAAUACGGCGCCAUUUACGCUAGUGCUGAGCUGAAGAUUCUAGCUUCAGCUCCUACUUUUCCACUGAAUCACCUGAAGAAAACAAUAAUUGUUACCAAAGGCCGAGAAGUUGUUAUAGAGUGCAAACCCCAAGGCUCUCCAAAACCAAUCAUCUCUUGGAAGAAAGGAGACAAAGCAGUGAGAGAGAACAAAAGAAUAGCUAUUCUUCCAGACGGGAGUCUACGGAUCCUAAAUGCUUCCAAAUCAGAUGAGGGAAAGUAUGUUUGCCGAGGGGAAAACAUCUUUGGUUCUGCUGAAAUUAUAGCUUCAGUAUCUGUAAAAGAACCCACGAAGAUAGAACUUACUCCUAAAAGGACAGAACUAACAGUGGGAGAAAGCGUCGUUCUGAGUUGCAAAGCAAUUCACGAUUCGAGUUUGGAUGUCACUUUCUAUUGGACACUGAAAGGACAGCCUAUUGAUUUUGAGAAAGAUGGUGGACAUUUUGAAAACAUCAGGGCCCAAGCAUCCUCUGCAGAUUUAAUGAUCAGGAACAUCCUUCUGAUGCAUGCUGGGAGAUAUGGCUGCAGGGUACAGACCACAGCAGACAGUGUGUCAGAUGAGGCAGAGCUUCUUGUUAGGGGUCCCCCAGGUCCCCCUGGGGUAGUAAUUGUUGAGGAAAUCACUGAAAGCACGGCCACACUGUCCUGGAGCCCAGCAGCUGACAACCACAGCCCCAUCUCCUCCUACAACCUACAAGCGCGCAGCCCGUUCUCCCUGGGCUGGCAAACGGUGAAGACAGUCCCAGAGAUCAUAACAGGAGACAUGGAGUCAGCCAUGGCCGUGGACCUGAAUCCCUGGGUAGAGUAUGAAUUUCGAGUGGUAGCCACCAAUCCAAUUGGGACGGGAGAUCCAAGCACCCCAUCUCGAGUGAUCCGCACAAACGAAGCAGUUCCAAAGACAGCGCCCACCAACGUAAGCGGAAGAAGCGGAAGGCGGCACGAGCUAGUCAUUGCCUGGGAGCCAGUAUCCGAAGAGUUUCAGAAUGGGGAAGGCUUUGGCUAUAUUGUGGCUUUCAGACCCAAUGGCACACGUGGCUGGAAGGAAAAAAUGGUGACAUCUUCUGAAGCUUCCAAAUUCAUUUAUCGAGAUGAAAGCGUCCCCCCUCUCACUCCCUUUGAAGUGAAGGUCGGCGUUUAUAACAAUAAAGGGGACGGCCCUUUCAGUCAAAUCGUGGUCAUCUGCUCAGCUGAAGGAGAACCCAGUGCUGCUCCCACAGAUGUCAAAGCCACAGGUGUGUCUGUGUCAGAGAUUCUUGUAGCAUGGAAACACGUGAAAGAGAGUCUGGGAAGGCCACAGGGAUUUGAGGUUGGUUACUGGAAAGACACGGAACAGGAAGAUUCAGCAGAAACAGUCAAAACUCGGGGCAACGACUCCUCCAUCAUCCUGACAGGACUAGAAGGAAACACCCGGUACCACUUGACAGUGAGGGCCUACAACGGGGCCGGGUACGGGCCGCCCAGCGGGCAAGUGAGCGCAACCACCAAGAGAUCCCCCCCCAGCCAGGCGCCCGGCAACCUCCAGUGGGAGCAGCACGGCUCCCAGGUGUCCCUGGGCUGGGAGCCCGUCGUGCCAUUAGCCAACGAGUCUGAAGUCGUGGGUUACAAGGUUUUUUAUAGGCAAGAGGGUCACAGCAGCAGUCAAGUUAUUGAAACACAGAAACCUCAAGCAGUCGUGCCCCUCCCUGACGCUGGAGUCUACAUUAUCGAAGUUCGAGCAUGUAGUGAAGGAGGAGAUGGAACAGCGAGUUCCCAAAUCAGGGUCCCGUCAUAUUCAGGUGGGAAGAUCACAAGUGCUCAGUCCGCCCUCCACACCUUCUCCACAUCUUCACCAUCAGUGACGCUGCUCCUGGCGCUGACGAUUCCUUCCACUUCCUGGUGAAAACUGCUGACUUCAUUUGCGUUCUCUUUGCUUAGCUGGGUAACAGCAGUGAAUAGAGAGUAGUGUAAGUGGAGGCCCCAAUCCUAAGAGAAGCUUGAGCUUCACCAGCUUGGGACUGCAGGUGGUGCUCUUGCCGGAGGUUGGGGUGGGGGGACUACUUAUCCAUCAGGUUUCUCUUUGGUCUUUGUAAAUGGAGAGGACAGUUCGUGGUCCAAUAAAAAAUAUGCAGAUUGUAUGUAAUGAAUUUUUGUAAGCAAAGGUAAUUUCUGUCAAAUGUAUUCUUUACUUUUUUAAUAUGUUGGGAUUUGAUUUUAUAUCUGAGACCCCCAAGCGUGUGCCAUCCAUUUUUUAAGGAAGUGGUCUUUAGCAGGUCUGUUCUAAAACAAAUACAAACCUGAGAAUGAAAAGCCUGAGUCCAGUGUUUUCCAUUUUCCCUUUAGUUAAUUAUUCCAACUGCCAAACCAGCAGGAGAUGUGAAAAGUACUUCAGUUAUCUGGCCCAUUAUAGGAUA